UGUCACUCUUAUUUAUACUAAAUUCCCAAAUUCUAACCUCAUAUUUGGUCAAAAAAUAAAUAAUUUUAAUUAUCAACUGUGAAAUGAUCUCAAACAUUUAGCCGAUUAUCCGCACCUAAAACGUUAAAAGAAUAAUUGUAAAAUAUAUUACUAUCAAAUUUACAACACCAACUUCAAUAUUGGAGAUGUAUCUAAAUCGUACCAUCACCUAAUGGAUAAUUAGUCCUUUGGUAAUAGGAUAUUAUUUUGUCUAGUACAAGAUGUCACAGUGUAAAAAGUUUAAAUCAAAUAUUUUUCACAAGUCCAAAUGCUCCAACUGUUUUCGUCAAAAGGAAGAACAUUCUGCUGAAGCUUUGGAGUGCAAUCGGGCAAGCAGAUCUGUUGCUCGUAGUGGAUACCUAUUUGUUGCCCCAGACUGGGACUUUUCAGUACCCCUCAAUCGAACUAAGCGAUGGCAGCGUAGAUAUUUUGUGUUAUACGAUGAUGGAGAGUUGACUUACGCAGUUGAUGAACAUCCCGAUACUGUUCCACAAGGAUCGGUGGCCAUGUCCACUGUUUUAGAGGUUACUGGUGCAGAACAGAUUACCGGUCAUCCUCACUCUGUAGCGUUGACUAGUCCAGAUCAUGUUACUUUUAUUAAAGCUACCAACAGAGACGACGCUCGCUUAUGGGCAGAAGUUUUAGCAGUAUUCCCUCGUCGUCCGAAGAGGAAUGCCACGUUUCCAGGUGGUAGGGCUUCACCCAGUUUACCUCAGUUCGGUAGAAGCGCUAGUCCACAACCUCCCCGGUCAAGACUGCUAAAUGUGUCAGGAGCCUCUCCACGUGCUAAUUUUGAAACACCACCAUUAAAAGAAGAACGUGGCCUUCUUAAUGCUAAUGUAUCUUAUAAAGAUAAACAAAGUAGGGCUUUGGAAAUACCACAUACACGUCCAGUCUGGGUACCAGAAGAAACCCUUGGUGUGACUAUCGAAGAUCCAAUAUCCGGUUCCUACAGGGAACAUACCAUAAGCUCAGGGUCACCUCCAACUAGAGACAAGUUGCAAGGCGAUGACAAGGUUAAAGUUCGUUUGGAUUGGCGACAUGAAAGAUUAAGAGAUAUAGCAACCGCUCUUACAGACAGAUCGCUCGAGUCUAGUUUAACUCUUCCCUCUGAAGGACUACUAAACAGAAAAAAGGGAUGGUUAUGGAUAAAAAGUAGUGAUAAUGAUUGGGUUCGACGCUGGGUAGUCCUCUGUUCUCCAUUAUUGAAUAUUUAUAUUGAACAAGAUACUGCUACUCCAGAGAUUAGCAAAGAAUUAUCAGAUAUUACAAGUUAUACAGAAUUACCCACAGAGACUAAUUCAAAAUAUGCAUUAGAAAUUCAAUGGCCAAAUCAUAUUUUAACUUUAGGAGCUGUUACUCAAAGUACCAGAUCAAGUUGGGUUCAAGCUCUUAAGAGGGUGGUUCCAAUGGAGGCGGUAAUUAGUGUUUCCGAAAGUGCAUCACAAUCUUUUGCGUUUUCCAGUGAUGAAGAAUAUAAAACGGCAUCUGAGGGAGGAAGAAGAGAAUCGGGUGAUUGGAGUGAGGUGCCAUCUUCUCAAUUUAUUACAUUAGUAUCAUUAAAGGCGAAAGAUAGAUCUAGGUUAAGAUUAAGACCGAGAUCACAGUCGAGGCAAUCAACUUUAGAUAGUACUUCCACAGAUGAAUUAGAUUGUGUAAAAGAAUGGCCAAUAACAAACGUAGAUAAACGUAACCAUACAGAUCAAAAUAACUCAGUUAUUUUAGCUUUACAGAAUAAACUGCAAAAAUCGACACAUGAAAUUGCUUGUUUAGAAGAAGAAAUUCUAAGGUUGAAAAAACUACAAUCCGAGGCAUCCCUUCGGGAAAAGCAAGCUAAAGAAACUUUGAAAAUUUUCGAGAAAAAUGAGCAAGAAUUAAACCAAAGAAAUUCUGAAGUGGAGAAUAAAUUUAUCAUGGAGCAGAAAAUACUUCAAGAACGCUUGAUGGAGGCUGAAGAGGUUUCUCGUACAUUUGAAAAAAAAUAUGGAAUUUUAUUACAAAUGUUGGCCAGUUUGCAAGAUGAAGUGGCUAGUUCAAAUAAUAAACUGGAAAUAAACAGAAAAGAAAAUGAAAGCCUUCAUAAAAAGCUGCAAGAAUUUGAUAAAACAUAUUAUUUAAAAACAAAGGGUAUUAAAUUUAAUUCUCUUGCUGAUUUAACCAAUGUUGAUUUAGAAACGGAUAUUGAUGCUCUUGGUACUGACAAAUUGAAAGAAUAUUGUUUGGAUUUAAAAUGUCGGUUUGAAAGAGCCGUUAUUGAAAUUAUUACUAUUAAAAAGGAAUUUCAGACUAUCGAGAGAAAUUUUGAUAGUCUAGAAAUGACUAAUUAUGCUUUAAAACAAAGCAUUGAAUUGAUAAAUAACGAGCAUCAAGCAGAAGUGAAUCUUCUUGUAGCUAGAUUGGAUCAUCUCACAUCAAAAUUAAACACAGUUGAAAAACAAUUAAGAACAAAAGUAAGAAGCGAGGGAAGGGACAAAAGACGAUCCUUGUCUCUAAAAGGAAGAGAAUAUUUUUGUAUAAAUAAGGAACUGGAAGGCAAAGUCACUGAAUUAGAAGCUAAAAUUUUAUCUUUAGAAAAAGGCCAGUCGAAAACAACGUAUAAGAGAGAUAAAAGUAAUGAAAGGAGUUCACCUGUCGAUGAUAAAACGCGACGUAGGUUUAGACGAAAAAGUUUGGAAAGCGCUUCUAGUUUGGAACCUCUCGAAUUAAUAAUGCGUCUUAGUAACUUAGAAACUAAAGUGGCGUGUACAACUAUGUCUACAGAAUAUUUAAAUGCUUUAGGUAAUAGUUCAGAUUUGAUUAAAUUAACAGAGAAACACUCUGAUCUGGACCAUAUUUUAUUUUCUGCAAAAUCAAAAGUUAUAGAAUGUAUGCAUUCUGUAAAAUUGUUGAAAAGUAAAAGAACAUCUCUUAGCUCCGAUCGACUGAUGUUUUUAGAAAAUACGCUUAAAGAACUUAAUGAUAUUUUAAAUAUUGAGACAAAAGAUCAUGUUAAUCCAAUAGAGACGCGAAUUAUUAACUCAUCUACAGAAUCAACUGUUAAACAACUGGAAAAAAUAUUAGUUGAAAAACUCACUAGAUUGGCAGAGAAGAAAAAGAAACUUUAUGGAAAGGGCUUGCUCGACACUCAUACUCGUUUACAGAUAUUAGCCGAGAAAAUAUCGUAUGAAAAUAUAUUGGUUGAUAGAAUACAGAAGGCCUUAAGAUCUCCUAUAUCAGGAGAACCGGUGUGUAAAAGAUUGAUAGAUAAAGAAACUAGAGAAACCGCUUAUCUCAUUAUGGAUUUACAAAAUAAACUUAACGGUGUUGGAUCUAACCAACCACCUGUUUGCAGAACCGGUGUAGAGUACCUUAGUAAAGUAUUAGCUAAGUACUUAAUGGCUGGAAAAAGGAUCGGAGAAUAUAUAAAUGUAGUGCAAAAUAAUGGCCCUACCUUAAAUAUUUUACUUGAUGAACAACAAAAGCUGGAUGUUAUGCUAGAUAUAUAUAAAGCUACUAAAUUACCGCAACUAGCGGAUGUUUUAGCAAAUAAAGCAUAUAACAUGUCUAAGUUGGAUACUAGUCAACUAAAUAAAGAAACAACAGAAGAAUUCACUAGAAUGGCAGAGAAUGUGGUUAAUACUGAACUGAUCCAAUCAGAAAUCAAUCAUGUUUUACUUCGAGCUGCUCAUAUUUAUAAAUCUAACUUAGAAGCCGACCAUACAUUUUUCUUUAGCUUUUUUGCGUCAGAACGCGCAGCUCUCGAAUUAUGGUCUGAUUCAGUAGAAAACAGUCUUUAUAAUGAAAUUAACAAAUGCAUUAUAGAAUUGACAAUGAAUUUUAAAACAAGCUUUGAGAAACUACAAAAACAGAACUGGAAACAAAAAACAGAUAUUAAACAGUCUAAUACUAUUGUAACAAGUCUUUUGCAAGACGUUGCUGAUGUCAUUGCUCAUAAAGCGUUAAUUGAUGCCCGGAUCAGUGUUUUAAGCGGUAAAUGUAAUAUACCAAUUGAAAACACUGUUAAAAUGGAAAAUUCUAUAUUGUCCAACUGGUUAGAACAGGAAAAAUACAGUAUUCACUUGGAAAAUCAAUCUAUUAUACAUAUUAAUCCAAAUUUAGAGUUAGAAUUUUCAUGUAUGCUUGACCAAUUCUCACAACAAUGCUUAGCAGGUCUCGAACAGCUAAAACUAGCUCAGGUUACAAAAUACCUCACUGAGUUUCAAGUCAAAAUCCAAGAAUUUCAGAGACGACUAGAAGUGCCAAUGUUAGAACGGUUUCCCUUAAUAAAUAACUGGAGUGAUGUAUGUCAAAUAUGUAAAAUAUUAGGAAAUGAAUUGGGGAAAAUUGAAGAUGUUAUAGAAAAAUUGGUAUCUACAAAUAACUUAAAUCAACGGCCAGUAAGUUUUACAACUGAAUAUUUAACUCAUGUGGAAAAUCUUAGAACAGCAUUCAGAUUCGCUUUAACGUCAUGUAAAGAUCUACAGCAGGAAUCGGCUCUUGAACAACUGCAGCAACUUUGUGAACGUGUAUUGACUUCUUUUGAACAGUGGCAUCGAAGGGCAAUACAGGAUUUAAGAGAAGCUCAUGCUUUAGAAGUUAAUGUUUUAAAGCAAGAAAAAGAGCAGGCUUUGGAGGAAGAAACUCAAGCUACAUUAUCCGCAUUAGAUGCGAUGAAGAAAGCCCACUUGGCCGAGGUUGAACGAGAAAUAGAAAAAUUUAAAAUGAAGUUUACGAGAGAGCAAAAUAAUGAAAUAAUCGAUUUAUCUAAACGUCUAUCCGUCAAGUCAAUGGAAGCUGCAGCUUUAGAAGAACAACUAGGAUGUGCUACAAGACAAUUGGCAGAUGCACAGCAAUAUAUUUUGAAGCUUGAAAAGGACCCCCAGUUCUCGUCUCUCAAGGUUUAAUCUUAUGAAAUUUGGAUAAAAUGUCUUAUUUUUUAGAAGUUAAUCUCAAGGUUUAAUCUUAAUUUUAGAACUGAUGGUAUGUGAAAAGCUCAUAUAUGUAUCUACUAGUCUUUAAAAAGCCUCAAUACCAGUGAAUUAACAUUGAUUUUAGUACAAUGUGUUUUUACCAUUUAAUAAAUUCACCUUUGUGUACAGAUCAUUGCACUUGUCAAUUUUCAGUCAGUUUUGUUUCUUGUCAGUUUUUUUUUUCAUUUUGAUGUAUUUGUGAUUGUACAAAUUUAUAUAAAUGUACUGUUAUUUAUUAUGUACCUUAAUAUUUUAAACCUGUGUACAAGAUAUUUAUUUAUGUGUUGGGUUAUUUUAAUGUUUUAAGAUGAAAAUAUAUACAAGUUAAUGAA